GCGGAGCAGGGUGGGCAGGUCCCCGCCUCUCGUCUCUAGGGCCGGAGGAAGAAGGCUCCCAUCGCCAAGAACUCCCGUUUUGCUUGGAACUGUAAUGCCUCAUCUGCCUCUAAUCGCACUAAAUCUCACUAAUCUUGAUCCAGUGUCAAAAAGGACCAUUUGUGAAAAAAGAAAGAUGCCGCUCUUCUUUCGUAAAAAGAAACCAAGUGAGGAGGCUCGGAAACGUCUUGAAUACCAGAUGUGCGUGGCAAAAGAAGCUGGUGCAGAUGAUAUUCUUGACAUAUCAAAAUGUGAGCUCUCAGAGAUUCCAUUUGGGGCUUUUGCAACAUGCAAGGUGCUGCAGAAGAAGGUGUUGAUCAUUCACUCGAAUUACCUCACGUCUCUUCUUCCUAAGUCCUGUAGCCUCCUGAGCCUUGUGACGAUCAAAGUUUUGGACCUUCAUGACAAUCAACUUACAGCCCUUCCAGCUGACAUCGGACAGUUGACCACCCUUAAGGUCUUAAAUGUUGAAAAAAAUCUGUUGAAAUUUCUUCCCCAAUCCAUUGGCGACCUGGCCCAGCUCCAGACCCUCAAUGUGAAAGAUAAUAAACUGAAGGACCUGCCCGACACCCUCGGAGAGCUCCGAAGCUUGCGCACUCUCGACGUUAGUGAGAACCCGAUUCAGAGACUGCCCCAGAUGCUGGCUCACGUUCGCACUCUGGAGUGUCUGACGCUUGACGCUCCAGCUAUGAUUUAUCCUCCGGGGACUGUCUGCAGUGCUGGAACAGAAGCCAUUCAGCAGUUCCUGUGUAAAGAAUCUGGGCUUGAGUAUUAUCCCCCUUCCCAGUACCUGCUCCCUCUUUUGGAAAGAGAUGGAGAAGAGCUGUCCAUAGAAAGCACGGAUGGACUCACAAGUAGAUUUGCAAGGGAGGAAACAGAGUGGCAGAACAAAUUCUCAGAUUAUGAAAAGAGGAAGGAACAAAAAAUGCUGGAAAAGCUGGAAUUUGAGCGACGCCUGGAUAUUGGGCAGCGGGAGCAUGCCCAGCUCCUCCAGCAGAGCCUCAGUCAGAAGGAUGAAAUACUGCAGACUGUCAAAGAGGAACAGGUUCGGCUAGACAAGGGCUUGAGCGAGCAUCAGAGGUAUCUGGAGGGAGAGCGUUUGCGGCUACAGGAGCAACUAAAGCAAACUGAGCAGAACGUCUCCAGUCGGAUUCAGAAGCUGCUGGAAGAAAAUCAGCGACAAAAGAAAAGUUCAGAAAUCUUGAAAUCACUAGAAAAUGAAAGAAUAAGGAUGGAGCAGCUAAUGGCCAUAACCCAGGAGGAGACUGAAAAUCUGCGCAGAAGAGAAAUUGCUUCUGCCAUGCAGCAAAUGUUGACCGAGAGCUGCAAGAACAGACUUAUCCAGAUGUCCUAUGAGUCUCAGCGACAAAACCUGGUCGAACAAGCAUGUUCCAGCAUGGCAGAGAUGGAUGAGCGUUUCCAACAGAUUCUGGCUUGGCAGCAGAUGGAUCAGAACAAGGCUAUCAGCCAGAUCUUACAGGAGAGCGCAAUGCAGAAGGCAGCCUUUGAGGCCCUGCAAGUGAAGAAGGACCUCAUGCACAGACAGAUCAGGAACCAGAUUAAGUUAAUAGAAACUGAGUUAUUGCAGUUGACACAACUGGAGUUAAAGAGGCAAGAACUGGACACAGAGGCACUGCAGGAGGUGAUCUCAGAGCAACGUCAAGCCCUCAGCAACCUGCUGCAGCAACUGCUGAAAGAGAAAAAGCAACGAGAAGAGGAGCUGCAAGAAAUCUUGUUGGAAUUGGAGGCAAAAAGUGAAACGAAGCAGGAAAACUACUGGCUGAUACAGUAUCAGCGCCUGUUGGACCAGAAACCCUUGUCCCUGAAGCUGCAGGAAGAGGGCUUGGAGCAGCAACUGGUGAACCUGCUGGUAGACCUGUCAGGCGAACGGUACCUUCCCAUCUUUGCCCACCACCGUGUCUCGUUGGACACACUGAGCCGCAUGAGCCCCGGCGACCUGGCCAAGAUGGGCGUUUCUGAAACUGGUCUGCAGCACGCAAUCCUCAGGAGAGCCCAGGAGCUGCUGGCUGUGGCUAAAACACUGCCAGGGUUGCUGGCGUCUGAGGACGUGGCGAUCCCGUGUGCUCCAGAGCCAGGGGUUUCACGAGAGGAACCUCCUGUGGGGGUGACCCCUACGGCUCCACCUCAGCAGCUGGACGUGCAAGCCUCGGAGUGUGUGGUGUGCCUGGAGCGGGAGGCCCAGAUGAUCUUCUUAAACUGUGGCCACGUUUGCUGCUGUCAGUUGUGUUGUGAGCCCCUGCACACCUGCCCUCUGUGCCGCCAGGACAUAGUGCAGCGAAUCCGCCUCUACCACAGCGGCUAGGCCGGCCCUGAGCUGCCCCAGGCUGCGGGAAGGCCUCUCCUGCCCACUGGGCCCAGUACAGCCAUCCUCCUCAUCUUCAUCCCUGCCCCGGUAUUUAUUGAGCUCCCCCACAGAACAGAGCACUGACCCAGCGGCUAGAUCCGGCUCACUUCCUUGGUAGCGUAAGGCUGCUCUGAACCCACCGAAUCUGAGGCCAGGACGGGAUAGCGUGCGGCCCCGCUCCGGCAUAGCAUCUGAUCUCUGAGCCCUCCUCUGUGAGAGAAAGCGAGUGUGCCUGACGUUUUCAUCUGCUGCACGUGGACCUUAGGGGGUGGGGUGAGUGUGGGGCUGGGACCCAGAGGUGGAAGUCCCGGUACAGUGGCUCAUUGGCAAGGCAGCAGAGAGCUGUGUUCUGCAGGGACACAGCUGGGAUUUUCACUCCCAAUGAAUGGGGGUCUCACCAAAAGUGGUGCUGACCCAAUCAAGGGGGAGGCUUUGGCUCACCUGCAACCAAGGGUGAAAAUUCCCCCCUCCUUCUUUCCAUCCUUCCUUCUUGCCCACUCACCCACCCCAACCACAGGAGGCCCUUUCACAAGAUGAGAUGGGCUGGAGCUUCCUGGCUUCCCCUGAGCCCUGCCAUUCUGUGUCUCAGGGGCUGUGUGCCCCCUCCCUGCACCUACCAGGGGGCAGUGAGCAGGCUGGGGUGGUUUCCAGUCUGCCAUCAGAAUUUCUGGCCUAAUGGAAUGAGUCUAAUACUGCUUUCUCUCUGCCAACCUUUGCCAUGACCCUCUCCUGUCAGUGCCUUAGCUUCUGAAUCGUGCAGGGAAAGAAUAACACUCCUGAGCCUCGCCGGGCUUGGGAAUGGGGCAGGAAGAGCAUUUGUAGGGCAGCAGUUAGGGAGAAGGAGCAGGUUGGUGCUCCUGCUCUCAUCCCGGCUGGCUCUACCCUUCGUGGGGGCCUUGGCGGCCAGGCUGUGGGACCUGUAUGCAAUGAGGCAAGACCUCCUCUCACCCAUUUGUUCUUCCUUUCCAAGAGAAAGGGGGAAGAGGGGAAGGAGAAUGUGGGCAAGAGGGAGGAGAGGGUUAAGUCUGGUUGAGUCACAAAUUGAGUCUGGGCAGAAAGCUUUUCUCCCAUCCUAGAAUCAUCCAUCAUCCUGUAGGGCCAUAAUAAUCUUUCUCCCCUUCUGCUUCCCCCUAGCCAGGCUAUGAAACCCUCCCAUGCACUUUGGGCAAGGGGAACCACCCAGACAGAAAUAAAUUUUAAUCCUCCCCCU